AUGGUUGCGGAAAAAUCCGAGCGUGAAACGUCGGCGGCAGAAAAACUGAUAUCGAUCGCCGCAGAAGUAGCAAGUUGCCAUAAGUGCCCGUUGGCACGAACGCGCACUAACACGGUGCCCGGCGAAGGUUCGCCGACCGCUGAAAUAAUGUUCGUAGGCGAAGGUCCGGGUCGCGAUGAAGACGAGUCGGGUCGCCCGUUCGUGGGCCGGGCUGGGAAAUUGCUCGACGAGUUAAUCGCAUCGCUACCGAUGCGCAGGGAAGAUGUCUACAUCGCCAAUAUCGUCAAGUGUCGACCACCCAAUAAUCGUGACCCCGAACGCGCAGAAGUCGAUCAAUGUUCAAACUAUCUCACUCAACAGAUCGAGAUCAUCGAUCCACUCGUGAUCGUGCCAUUGGGACGACACGCUCUGGGCUGGUUCAUGCCGGAACUUCGGAUAACACAAAGCAACGGCAAGAUAUUCCGUAAUGGCAACCGAGUGUUGAUGCCACUGCUACACCCGUCGUCUGGUCUUAGGAACCCCGAACACAUGCGGAUGUUGCGAGAUGGAAUCCACAACCUUGGGGACGCAAUUUUGGAAGGUAUCCGAGUCCGUAAUCAAGUCGUCGAACACUCUCAACAUCCGAUCGAAAGAUCGCAUGAGCCACCACAGGAUCGACCGUCGGCUGACUUGGUGGCAGAAUCGGUAGAAGCCAAUAUUGAACCUCAAUCUACGGUCGUGGAGCAAGCCGAAGCGGUCGCUUUGACCGAGACGGUGCCCACGGAAAAAUCCGAAUCUGUCGUCAACAUUUUUGAACGGUCCCAAACUCAAGACGAAAUUCAAGCGGAAUUAAAACGGCAACGCGCCAUCGAAGCGGCUCAGGAAGCCGCAGACAAACAAGAGGAUAAGUUAGUGAUCGAUGAUCGACAAGCGUCGUUUUUCUAA